AUGGCGUAUCAAAGUUUUCAAGCAGAAUACAUGCAAAUGCCCACGGUAACACGGGCUUAUACAACCGCCUGCGUUCUCACAACUUUGGCUGUGGUAAGCCUCUUUCUUAAACUUUUAAAGUACACAUUUGAAGCUAUUGAAAAGUGUACAUAAGUUUAAUUUUAGUUGUACUUUUGAACGUUGUUGUGUUGCCUUUGCCACUCAUACGGGUUUGAUUCGUUUCUUUAGCAACUGGAUAUUAUAACUCCGUUUCAGCUGUAUUUUAAUCCAGAGUUGAUAUUUAGACAAUAUCAGGUAAAAUGCUCAGUUAAAAAUACGUAUUAAAUGUUAAAAAAUUAGUAUGUACAAUAUAUUUUAUAUGUUCGAAAUUAUGACUUUUCUAUUUUUAGUAUUAUUACUAGAGUGUGUUUAUAAUUUUCUUAUAUUUUACUUGCUUUUGUUGUACAAAAAUAAACUUCUAAUAUAAAAAAGGUCACUAAUUUCAAAUUGAUGCAACCAAGGAUAAAUUUGACUGGAAAGUUUGGGAAUUGCAUGCCGGAGAUUUCAAAAAUUUAAUAGUAAAUAUAUAGAAAGCAUCAAAAUUGCGCGCUGGAGAUAUCCGCCGGGCGAUACAAACUUUCCACACUGGCACCCCUCGAUCUAGUUUUGGCAAGAGUUGGGGGCAAGGGAGGUGCCAAUAUCCUUAUCAAACCCUUUAUUUGAUUAGGACAGGCACCACCCUUACCACCAACUAGACCCCUGAUAUUGAGAACCCCCCCCUGCUACCAGAUCUGUCUUACCAUAUUAAAACUGACCCUUAUUACAUGGUCGUGUAUGAGAAGGUGGGAUUGUUAUAACCAUUGUGUGUCUACAUUGUUAUAAUAAUUAUCUUUUUUUUCAGCUUUGGAGAUUAUUCACAAACUUCUUAUUUUUUGGAACGAUUGGAUUUAAUUUUUUAUUUAAUAUGAUAUUUACAUAUCCUUUGUAUAUUUAA